CCUCCCCUCUCGCGCCGUCCUCCUGGGCCUCGCUUCCCCCCGCCUCUGCGCGGGGCCUGAGUGAGAGGUUCCGGAGCCCGGGCGCGGGCGGGGUCCCGGUGUCGACGCCGACCGGUUCCGGCUGCCACUAGUUCCACAGAUAAGAAUUCCGAGAAAAUCAAAUGGCAUCCGGGGAUUUCUGCUUACCUGGAGAAGGUAUGGAAAUACUCCAACAAGUCUGCAGUAAACAGCUUCCUCCUUGUAACCUGAAUGAAGAGGACCUGUUACAGAACCCGUACUUCGGCAAGCUGCUGCUCAGCGUCUCACAGCAUGUGGAUGAAAGUGGCUUAAGCCUCACCCUGGCAAAGGAACAGGCUCAGGCAUGGAAAGAAGUGCGACUGCAUAAGACGGCAUGGCUCAGGUCCGAGAUUCUGCAGAGGGUCAUCCAAGAGCUCCUUGUAGACUACUAUGUGAAGACACAAGACACAAAUUUAACUGCUGAGGACAAAAAGUUUCAUGAGACCCUUGAACAGCGGCUACUGGUGACUGAACUGACACGGCUCUUAGGUCCUGGCCAGGAGGGAGAGGUGCCUUCAUUAUUAGGACUGGAGAAAGCAGAUCUGCUGGAGCUCAUGCCACCCUCAGAGGACUUUGUGUGGAUGAGAGCUCGGCUCCAGCUGGAAGUGGAGGAGCAGCUCAAGAAGAAGUGUUUCACUCUGCUCUGCUACCAUGAUCCCAAUUCAGAUUCAGACAGCGAAACCCUAAAGGCAGCAAAGAUGUGGAAACUGGCAGAGGUCCUGGUGAGUGAGAAGCAGCAGUGUCAGGACACCAAGAGCCAGCAGAAGGAGCGGAUGGUGCUGCUGGAGAAGCAGAGUGCUACCUACUCCCAGGUGCUUCUCCGGUGCCUUGCCUUGCUGCAGAGGCUUCUUCAGGAGCAUCGACUAAAGACUCAAUCUGAGCUGGACUCCAUCAAUGCUCAGUACCUGGAGAUCAAGUGCAGUGCCAUGGUGCUUAAGCUGAGGAUGGAGGAGCUAAAAGUUUUGUCUGACACUUACACUGCUGAGAAGGUGGAAGUUCAUCGUCUUAUUAGGGAUCGUUUGGAGGGGGCCAUUCGCCUACAAGAGCAGGACAUGGAGAAGUCUCGGCAGGUACUGAACACCUAUGAGGUCCUCGGGGAGGAGUUUGACAGGCUGGUGAAAGAGUACACCCAACUCAAACAGACAACUGAGAACAAACGCUGGGUCCUCCAGGAGUUCAACAAGGCCUACCACUGAGCACUGGGGGGGCCAGGAAGCCUGCCUUCCACAUAGCUGCUGCUUCCUUCCCUCCCUGCUAAAAGGACCACCUCUCCCUGGGGCCACUAUUACUACGAGGGAGUGCGGGCACAUUUGCUUAAAACACUGCAGUCGUUUAGGCACCCUCUUGGUUUCUCUUUCUUGUUUAUGACUGGACCUCUUUUAGAAAAUGUAGCAGAUUUAUAUAAUUUUAUGCACAGCCAUUUGUGAGCAUCACUCCUGUAUUUUAUUUGAUUAUCUCCUGAAUAAACUGAUAUUGGUAUGUUUUAGGAUUUUAGUCAUU